UAUGCCCAUACAAGUAGUACUCAAGUACUCCACUCUAUUGUCUCCCUCACACACCAACCCCAAGAGAUGAUGGCAUCCAGCAGCAGCGCGCAGGAGACCGGGCGGUGGAGCCUCGCCGGCGCCACAGCUCUCGUCACCGGCGGCAGCAAAGGAAUCGGGCGAGCCAUCGUGGAGGAGUUGGCGAGCUUCGGCGCGACGGUGCACACGUGCGCCCGGAACGAGGCUACCCUGAACAGCUGCCUGGAGGAGUGGAGCGCCAAGAAGCUCUCCAUCACCUCCUCCGUCUGCGACGUGUCAGCCCGCGCCGACAGGGAGGCGCUCGCCGGCAGGGUCACCGCCAUGUUCGACGGCAAGCUCGACAUCCUUGUGAACAAUGUUGGCUUCCUCUUCCUAAAACCAGCCGUGAACGUGACGCCGGAGGAGCUCUCCAGAGUGAUGGCGGGCAACCUAGAGUCAUGCUUCCACCUAAGCCAGCUGAUGCACCCUCUCCUCAAGACCUCCGGCAAGGGCAACGUCGUCAACAUCUCCGGCAUAUCAACUGUUACCGGGUUCCCAUCUCUUCCCAUUUGUGCUUUCUGUGCAGCAAAAGGAGCGAUGAAUCAAAUUAAAUUACCAAGAGCCUAGCUGUUGAAUGGGCGAGCGACAGGAUGCGUGUGAACUGCAUCGCGCCAGGCGUCAUCGCUACACACCUUGUUGAUGAUGUACGUUGAAUUAAUACUCCCACAUAUGUACACCAAUUCUGUUACAAAGGCGGGUGUCUUUUUUCCGUCACAAUUAGGUUAGUUUUGGCACAGCUCUGCAUUCAAGAUUUUCUUAACUUGGUUAUUUCUAAUUCUAUAAAUCUAAUUUAUAAAUCCAGAUCUACGAUUAUUUUGAUAA